AUGUCGCUCUCCGGAGAAUGGUACAACUCCACCCUCGGUGACAACUUCUCCUCCACCGAUUUCAUCCCCUGGGACCUCAGCAUCCAGUGGCCGGCGCCCAUCAUCUUGUUUGUCUUCAUCACCGGCCUCACCUUCCUGCUGGGCGUCCCCGGCAACGGCGCGGUCGUCUGGGUGACGGGCUUCAAGAUGAAGAGGGGCGUCCACACGGUGUGUUUCCUGAACCUGGCUGUGGUGGACCUGACCUACUGCCUCACCCUCCCCUUGCUGGUGGCCUCCUACUUCGUUACAACACCCUGGUCCCAAGCUAAAUUGUUUGGUAUGUUCCGCAGUUGCACCAUCAAUAUCAACAUGUCCGCCAGCUCCUUCCUGUUGACCCUGAUCAGCAUCUGCCGCUGUCUGGCCGUCACUCGGCCCAUCUGGUUCCGCCAAAAACUGCGCCUGUCUUGGGUGUGUGCGGCCUGCUUCGUGGCCUGGGUCCUGGCCUUCUUCACCUGCCUGCCCCACUUACUGAGUGAGCAGAUUGUCCCGUAUCGCAGGCACAAGACCUGGGCUGCGUUACUGGUAAUUUGGGCCAUCGUCACCUUCGGCCUCCCCUUUGCGAUCAUGGCCACCUGCUACAUCGUGAUUGCCCGGGAGCUACGCGGGGUCCAGUCCGCCAAGUGCAGGAAGCCCGUCCGCCUCAUGGUGACCGUGGUGGCGGCCUUUGUCGUCUGCUGGCUCCCCAACAUUGUUUGCGGCCUUCUCCAGGACUACUUCGACCUCGUUACCUGGGACUGGGUGGACGUCACCUUCGGCCUGGCUUCCUUCAACAGCGCACUCAACCCCCUUCUCUACGUCUUCUCCGGCCGCGAAUUUCGCCAGGUCUUCAGGCGCUCGCUGGCCGCCUCGCUCCACCUGGCCUUCGCCGAGGAGUGCUCAGAGUUGGGGAGAGUCCCUCCUGACUCCACAGUCUCUACAGUGACGAGGGUCUGA